AUGGAGGCGAUUGGGGCGAUUCCUCCACCCAUUUUUCCCGUCGGCGGGAACUCGAUAGCGGUCUUUACUAUUGGGUUUGACAUACACCACUUACAGUUAGAUGAUCAACGUAGCACGGUUGGAAAUGGUAAAUCGUCUGACCUCCUAUUCACAGAUGAAGAGGAACAGAUGAAGAGGAAAAGAAGAAGAACAGAUGAAGCGGCGCCUACAGAACAGAUGAAGAACAGAAAGAAGAAUGAAGAACAAAUGAAGAAUGCUGAAGAGAAGAAAAGAUCAACAGAUGAAAAGAGGGGCCUCCAAAGAUUACUCAAGAAGAAGAACCAAGUCUACAGAUGA